AAUUAAAACUUUUCAAAUGCUGAAGGCUCAACUCUUGGCAUUGGUGCCGCUGAGCCUACUGCUCGGCGUACCUUUGGGGAUACUGAAGGAGAGGCUGCGGAAACACUCCUUCAAGCGCUGGCUGCUUGCACUUGUACCCCUUGCCCUUGCACCAUUGUUAUCGGCUCGUGAUGGUGCUGUACUAGCGGGAAGCUAUUUGGUUGGACGGGUGUUGGGUGCGUCGUUGGUUGGCGUGGGGCUCACGGGAGGCAUCGCCACUGGCAAAUCUACUGUAUCUAACGCUUUCCGCGAGGCUGGGGCUGUGAUCGUGGACGCUGAUGUCAUGGCUAGAGAGAUAGUGAUGCCUGGACGCGGCGCCUAUAAGGAGAUCGUGCGCUGCUUUGGGACUGAGGUGCUCAAUGAAGACGACGCGACCAUCAACCGCGCGAAGUUGGGAGCAAUCAUCUUCAGUGACCCGACGCAGCGGAAGAAACUCAACUCCGCAACGCACAAAUACAUUAUCUGGGAGAUGUUCAAGCAGCUCGUGUACCAGCGUCUGGUGUGCCGCAAGCGUCUAGUAGUGUUCGACGCGCCGCUGCUGUUCGAGACCAAAUUGCUCGAGUAUUUCUGCUACCCGACGAUUGUGGUGGCAUGCUCCGAGAAGAACGAGCUUGAGCGACUCAUGAAACGCGACAAUAUGAAACAGGAGGGCGCCGAAAAGCGCAUCAAGUCACAGAUGAGUCUCCGUGUAUGUGGGCUAAACAAUUACGAGAGAACUCGAACCUAGAACUGAUCUUUGUAUUUUGUAUUGAUUCGAGCAGGAAAAGGUGGUGAAGGCGGACCUGGUGAUUCAGAACGACGGCUCACUGGAUGAUCUACUGAUCCGUACGCGAGAAACUCUCGAGCGUACUGCCUAUUUGGUUGGAGCCUCGAGCGAACUGCAGUUUGCCAAAAAUUUGCAAUAAAAUGUUCGACUCAAAAAUUCCGUUUCAAUUUUUGCACA